AUUGCUUUAGGAUUGACGCAGCUUGUUUUUCUUGCCGGAGGGUAUGCCACACGUAACGAGGUUAGUAAUUGAAACUGUUUUAAACCGCGAUUAUGCGAUGUAGAGCUGUGCGGAUAGCCGGUGUAUUUCGCUAUUUUUUCAGCGCGAAGAGUUUUCACCGAGCAUAAAAGAACAGGUAUUUUUAUUUUUCCAUGCACGUGUCGCUGCUUCCUGUCUGAGAAAUAACAAAAUGUCACCCGAAGCUAAGCAAGAUUUAUUUAUUUAUUUUCGUGCUGAGCGCAAGCAAAGACAUUACUUUUGCGAUAAUUUUAUUUCAGAAUACUCUAAGACUAAAAACACUCUCGUUAAAACUUCCUCGUUGACCUAGAAAUAACACAACUUGGACUAAUGUCUAAUUUGUAACCAGGAAAGUGGGAAACUAGUUAGAUUUGACCAGGACGUCUUUGUUAAAAUAACCAGACAAUGUUAGGUGGAUAUAUAACAAGGCCCCCUGGUUAGUUGUCCACCUAAUACAGUCUGAUUAAUUUAACCAGCAAGUACUGAUCAAAUUAACCAGACUUUGGUAGGAAAAAGCUAAGAUUAAAAUAACCAGGAAAUUUAACUAUGAAUAUAACGAGUCAGUUUUUAGCGUGUAUUAGAAUGCGUAAACAGAAAUGGCUGAUUUGCUUUAGUCAGGCGUGGAGGCUGUGACUGGAGGACAUCAGUUUUAGCAGAAUUUACAAACGUCAUUAUCGCGUCUGGCGCGUGGAAAAUUCAUGAAUUUUUUACAUGCUAUGACAUAAAACAACACUUGUUUUUAUAGCGAAACUUUCUACGUUUUAAGAUAUAGCUAUUGUAGAUAACUGUAAAUAUUUUGAAUAAAAAGAUGAAAAAUAGCAAUUGUAGGAUUUUUUUUCUUUUGAAAAUACCACAACCGACAACGAACCGAGGUCCUUCCACCCCAAAAAACCUAAACCAGGACGGAGAUGAAAUUCUAGAACCGCACAGCUUUAAUAAUACGAAGCAAUAUUUCGUAUGCUAUUACAACAUCGUCGUCUUUCUUAAACUUUGUGUGAUCAUAUGCGUUAAAAAUACAACUUACCUAUCCCAAAUUGAAAGCUGUCGUCGAAACUUUUUAAUGGAUAUAAAUAAGUAAAAUUAGUUAAUUAACGCAGUCAAAAGAUUUGUGAUAUAGUCCCAUUCUUCUUUCUUUAACCCAUUCUUCUUGCUUUAAACGAUAUAUAAUAAAGUUUACGCACCUUGUCCAGAUUUGGAAAAAAAGUAAUUGGAAAUUGUAUGAAAAAUGUGAAUUUAAUAUAAUUUCAUACAAAUUAUCUUUUUUUUUCAUUCUUAUAGGCAGCUUGUAAAGUUGUGUCAAUCUUGGCGCAUUACUUUUCCAUGGCUGGUUUUACAUGGAUUCUCCUUGAAGCUGUAAUGUUGUACCUAAAAUUAAUUUCAGGGUAUGGGUAUGGUUGGGAGUAUGUGAGAAUGGACAACUUCCUGAUAUUUGGUUGGGGUAUGUUUUAUGUCUGUAAAGAUAUAAUUAAUACACGACAUCAUUGUCUAGUCAUUUAUGAUUUAAACUGGCGCCUUUCAAAUGUUUAGCAUAUUUCAACCUUAUACGGACAUGAAUAGAAUACAGAAGAGGGGUUCUGGAUCGGGUGGAGCAGUAGAGCUUCACCCAUGACGUUAUGAGCAGGGUUCUGGACCGGUGGUGCACGCCCAUGAUGUCAUCUUGGGCAGAUUUCAUGGAUCAUGUGGAGCAGUACAACUGCAUGCACUCAUGACACCGACAGCGGAGUUCAUGUUUUAACAAACGGCGGUUCAGAAACUGGAGAUGCGAGUUUGGAUCUCGGUCGAGACAACCACUUUUUUGUUUGUUUCUGUGCCAUCAAUCUUUCCAACCGGUGAAGAAACGUACAGUUUGCAGUUUGUUAAGACUCAGACCAUCCUUUCUUACAAGAUGGUUAUCGUUGUUAAAAUGUUUUACGCUAGUACUUACCUUAUUUUGUUUAAAAAACGUUUACAUAACUAUUUACAAAGUGCAAUGAAAAUAAACUUGGUUAAUGUCCAUUGUCCCUAAUUAUCUGGUUAAAUCUAGCCUGCUAGAUUAAUUGUCCAAUAAUUAGUUAUGUAGCUGGUCAAAAAUGUCCAGAUUACAAUAAGUGUUUUACACUUACAAGUAGAAGAUAGGCCCCCACAUCAUUACCAAUUAAAGUAAGGAGAAGUUCCUUUCGGUGUUUAUUAACCAAUAAGGCAAAAGGCAUAUAUUCAAGAUAGGUUCAGAGGAAGAAAUUCAUAUCCCCCGCAUAAGCAGGCUUCUGCAUCGUUUGAACAGGAACCAAUUUUGGUGGAGCAGGGAACGAUGAAAGUUUCUUAGCCGAGGCCAGAUAUUUCCAUACAUGUAGAAGGUUAAAAGACUGAUAAUCCGGUUCUACAGUUUACCCCCUGGCUCCUUUGGCUGGGAAGGCGUAUAUAGGCUCCCAGAGAUAACAUACACUUAAUGUGUGCACCCGAGGGAAAUAGUUUGCUUUGCUUUCCCGAGAAUCUCAAUGUUUCCCGAGACGAAGUCGGUUUGCUUGUUGUGUAUUUUUCUUCACUUUUACAUUCUUUAUUUGAACACAAACUUAGAAAAUCGUAGUUUCUAAUUAUGCUACAGUAGUUGUGCCGCUAUUUUGUUUAUUUAUGUACGUAGCCGGUCGGGGCGGGCAACAAAUUAUCACUUGUUUGCCCGGCGGGAUACAUUUCAUUUAUCUGACGUUACGUGACCACAAAUCAGCCAAUCACAUUUGGUGUUCACCCUAGCUGUAUAACAAGCUCGAUUAUAUAUCAUCUGGGUGGGUCUCGGUGCGAACGACCGUAAAAGCCCAUUUCCGAAGCUCGUCCUCUUCAUCCAAUAUGAGAGGAUGGACAAAGGAAACGUUUUCCGGUACCGUUCAUGUUACCGCAAUGGCAAAAACUUGACAUUCUUGGCGAACACGUGCUGUUCCUCUGCAGGGGUUUUCAAGACUCACAGACGAAGCGCUGACGGUCGAACUCUACACAGGACAUGUCCGACUUCGUUUGUUUAGCAGGUUGAUUGGCAUCGUUGUCCGGUUUGCGUGGUCCAUUCUCCGCUUCAACGUUACAUGGAAUGGUCGUGGAGGUUUCUGCUAUAGAACCAGACGAGGAGGAUGAACUGAUAAAACUUAAACGGUAGAUAACCGAGUCGUGGGAAGGGUAGGGUACAGGACGGGGGCGGCCAUUGAACCAGGAACGGAAAUUUGAGGAGUUGUAUCCAUACUAUUCAAAGGCAAAUCUUCAGUAGAAGGUUCCUCGAUAAUAGAGGGACGCUGAGUCGUAGUUCUCUUUGAGACAAUUCUUUGAGAGGUGACCAACUUGCUCACAUCGAAAGAACUGGUGGUGGUGGUGGUGGUGGUGGUGGUGGUGGUGCUGCUGCUGCUGCUAAUCUCGGUAAAAACAUUAACGAGGUAAUGGUUCAUGGUUAUUCGGGUUGGUACGGGGUUUUAGUAAUCUCCAUAUGAACAACAUAGCAGGAAAUUGUAAUGCCUUGUACCAUCUCACGUUUAAUUUUAAAAAAAUUCCCAUGCUGACUCAAACGAGUCUUCUUCGAGCAUUCUCUGAAGUUCCAUACACAACACGUGUCAGUUUACCCAACUGCAUGUUGGAAACAGGUUUAAACUCGAUUGUUGACCACGAAAACAAAACCAGCAUGGAACAAUUCCUCAGCAUUCCGUAAUGGGCGACAAAGUCUCAGCACCGGACUGCAUCAAGUUCUCAAUAAUCUGGGGAGCUGUAGGCAUUUGUUUGCAGAAAUGAUCGAAAUAUAUCACAUCAUAGAUUAUUGUAUUUUAUAUAAUUUAGAAUAUAAUACAGUAUGAGAACAUUUCUAUAUUUCUAUUUUAUAUAAAUCAUCUUACCUUAAAACACAACUAGUGUGAAUUUGUACCAGUGCAGGGCUACCGCAAUCAGCGAACAUUUCAUCUAUUUUAAUUCCAUUAACCACAGUUGGACAAAGCCACAAAGGACUAUUCUUCUGAUUGUCAAACUAUCCGUAAAACUAUAAACAUGAACUUCACGGCAUUCAAGUUCAACACACGGUAAUCCUUCCUGAAUCAAGAGCAAAAGCUGUUUUGAUCCACAGUGAACAAACAGAAGCUCGUGUCCACCCGAAAACAAAGCUUUCCACGUAUAGUGCAAGAAUUCACCAUUUUACAUUUUUUUCUAUAAUUUUUUCUGAACCUCUCGAAACCUCGAAGUGUAAACGCAGCGAAAACCGACUGAACCAUGCGGACAGCGCAGAGCGAGAAAUCGAUAAUAUGUAAUAACCCGCGUUGCAUACCGGCAUAGCCCUCACUCCUCCUCUGAUAAGUACCCAAACAAUCUAUAUUUAUAAAAAAUUUCAUCACAUGAACGGAUUUGUGAAUAUUGUCUACUUUAUCUUGACAUACACCCUGUAUAGCGGGACAAAAAGCGAUAUCAGUGACGAUAUAAUUCUACUUGAAUAUAACACGUCUUUAUUUAGCGCUUGUAUCUGAGAGAAUUUUUCUAAUAACUAAUAUUUUUUUAUAAUAAACAGGAUUCCCUGUAGUGAUAGUUUGUGUAUCUGGUGCGAUAAGGAUUGAUGCUUAUGGUACGGAUCAAUGGUAACUGAAAUUUUAAUUUAAUUUGUUUCUCAUAACAUUAUAUUCAAGUGCGACAACUUAUUUUCCAAAAACUAAGGGGACGAAGUCAGGCAACAGAGGUAAUUUAUUAUAGAUUAUAUAACGAAUGUCCAAAAAGUGAGGGAGACGCGACUCCACACUCCCCUCCACCGCCCCCCCCCCCCCAGGAUUGUUGCCCUUGAGUAUAUUUGAACGUUUCAUCAUUACAAUAUUUAAAAUACCCAACGUUUAUCUCAAAGGUUGAACAUACUACAUUGCGUUCCACGUAAUGUUUUUCAGGUGUUGGCUGUCUUACAAAGAUGGAUUUUUAUGGGUAUUCUUUGCACCGAUGGUCAUCAUAACAUCAGUAUGGUUCUGUAUAUAACAUUUUAUCUCAGCAAGAAGAUAGGUCUUCGAAGACGCUGCAACAUCGAAACCGACUGUAUAUAACAGAAAGAGCGACAGCAAGGCCACAGUUACACGAUAUCGGAUUACUCUCGUAG